GAAGAUCCUAGCGAUCAUCGUCCUGAAGUAGGUUUUGAAGGCCCUGGUGAAGGUGGAGCUGAAGCUCCACCUGCUCCUGCCCCUACUUGCCAGAAGAAGAUGGUGAUGUUUGCCGACUUAUCCUGAGUAAAAACGUCCCGGUAAAUCUGCAACACAUAUCCCCAACUUUUGGGAGCUGUGCAUGAGAAGUUUCCAUCUGCAGCGUAGUGCUGAUUAGCAAGGACACCCGCAUCAUAAAGAUGCCUGCUCAUCAUGCUGUUUACAGCAUUACAAACGCCAGAACACAAACACCAAUUCCUCUUGUCCGGAUGCGCAUUACAGAUGCAGAUCUGCAUGACAACCAACUAUGAACCGGGAACGUUUUUGCCCGGGAUGAGAUUCCAUAGGUGAGGAAGUUGUCCUCCCCUACGAGGACGCGUGUUUAUCCCUGAUUCCGCAGCACCUGGUAUCAAUUGCAAAAAUGUCUGGGUUUGGAAGAACGCAAGAUUUGUGAUGCAGGUUUUCCAUGACCCAUGAGGUCUGGAAUGCGAGACCCAGCAUGACAGAUUCUUUGAGGUCUCUAUCAUGCCUUUCCUGCAUGAGAAGCUCCCUCUCAACUUGGCCAAAAGCGGAACACCUUUUCGUACUCACGCAACACAGAUUUUUGCAUCAUUCAGAUUUAGCAUGACAAGUUCUAAUCUUCCAGACCCAGACAGUUUUGCAUUUGAUACCUGGCGCAAAACCGGCACUUUCUCAUGAAGCUCGUUGACGAAUCGCGGACCCGUUUCGACAGCACCGUCUUCAAAAAAGACAAAGACUGGGUAUGA